UCUGGGUCCAGGCAGGUUGGCAUUUUUCUGUUACAGGUGCCUGGGCAGAAGCAGCUGGCGGAGCGAUGGAGAUGCAAUCGUACUGUGCCAAGCUCCUGGGGGAACUGAAUGAACAGCGCAAGAGGGACUUCUUUUGUGACUGCAGCAUCAUCGUGGAAGGGCGGAUCUUCAAGGCACACAGGAACAUACUGUUUGCCAACAGCGGCUAUUUCCGAGCACUGCUCAUCCACUACAUCCAGGACAGUGGGCGGCACAGCACCGCCUCCCUGGACAUCGUCACCUCUGACGCCUUCUCCACCAUCCUAGAUUUCCUCUAUUCCGGAAAGCUGGACCUGUGCGGGGAGAACGUGAUCGAGGUGAUGUCGGCUGCCAGCUACCUGCAGAUGAACGACGUGGUCAACUUCUGCAAGGCCUACAUCAGGUCCUCCCUGGAUAUUUGCAGAAAGAUGGAGAAGGAGGCUGCGGUGGCGGCGGCGGUGGCGGCGGCAGCGGCUGCCGCGGCCGCCGCGGCUGCCGCAGCCGCAGUACACCAGGUGGACAGCGGUGGGAGCCCGAGUGCAGGCAGAGAGGGGACCCCGCGCGCCCCUAGCAAGGGUUUGGUCUCUUCUCCCGGCCAAAGGGUAGAGAGCGGGGACUGCUCGAGAGAGCCAUCUGGCGUGGACUUUGGGGACUGCCGCCCCUUGGAACUGGUGGUGAAGGACAGUGCCAAUGGUGGCUUGGCUGGCCGCGACCUCUCUACCCUGUCCACACGGCUGGCACCCAAGGUGGAGUUGGAAGCUGAUGAGGUGGGGGUGGAAGCUGGCGAGGCGCUGCAGCCGUUCCCGGCUCCCCUGAGCCUGGCGCACGUGGAGGAGGGCCUGUCCGGCAGCCAGGCAAUGGACUUGGCUUACGGUAACUUCCACGUGAAGCAGUUCCUGGAGGCCCUGCUGGGCAACAGCGCCGCCCAGAGCCAAGAUGAGAUGCACCACCACUUGGCGCGGGGUCUGGAGGGAAGGCCAGACGGUGCGGGAGUGGCUGUGACUUCCAUGAUGGAUGGUCAGACUGACUGGUUAGCUGAGGACUCAGGUGACGUGCUGGUGGUCCCCAUCAAGCUGCACAAGUGUCCUUUCUGCCCUUACACUGCCAAGCAGAAGGGCAUACUCAAGCGGCACAUCCGCUCGCACACGGGAGAGCGGCCCUACCCCUGCGAGACCUGCGGCAAGCGGUUCACGCGACAGGAGCACCUGCGCAGCCACGCCCUGAGCGUGCACAGAUCCAACCGUCCGAUCAUCUGCAAGGGCUGCCGCAGAACCUUCACAAGCCACCUGUCCCAGGGGCUGCGGCGCUUCGGGCUCUGUGACAGCUGCACCUGCAUGACAGAUGUACACGAGUUUGACAAUGACUUGAUGCCCAUCAACCUCAGCAUCGCGGAGGUCUCCUCUGAAGGCCAGGAAAAGAGCGACACAGACAGCGACUGGCCCAUCUACGUGGAGUCGGGUGAGGAAAACGACCCCGCGGGAGAGGAUUCUGAUGAGAAACCACAGAUGUGGCCCAACUUCUCAGACCGAGAGACGCUCACCUAGGGACAGAUGGGCCGGGAAGACAUUUCAGAGGUUGUCAUGGCCCUUUCUGUGGCUGGAAACCACUGUUUUGUUUUCCCCUGGGGUGGCAUCUGAGAGAAAUAUGUUUUCCCUGUUGUUUGUAUCUGUGUUUUGGUUAGGAUCCACAGUAGAGGUUGGAUUUUGUGACUCAAAGGACACUUCGCUUUUUGGCCUGCACUCUUGGCUUCUGCAGGCUUGCCUGGCCCCUCCUCCACGCUGACCUGGAGGAUUCCUGAGUGACCUCCUGUGCAGCCAUGCUCUGUGUGGGAGGACGAGAAACUCU